GUCGGCCACUGGGGCUUUGUCGCGUUGCCCUUCCCGGUUUUCCACCCCGGCUAUUUCAAAUACGUGAUCAUGAUCCUCAAGUGCAUUUGCAAACGCUGCGGCGCGCUGCUGCUCACCGACAGCUUAAAGCAACUUUACCACCGGCAGCUGAACGGCUCGAACCGCGACACCACGCGAAAAAAAGCGAUCUUCAGCGACAUGGUGGAGGCCUGCAAAAAGGUUGCGAACUGCGCCAGCUGCGGCGCCGUGCAGGGCACCAUACGCAAGCUGAACCAGGGUCGCCCGGAAGUUUUUCUGAAGGCAGUGAACGAGGUCAUGUUGCGCGACGAAGACGGCCACCAACGCAAGCAGCUAAUCGACUUCAACGCAAAGCGCGUGCUCGACCUCUUUCGCAAGAUCAGUUCAGCGGAUCUUGGCGUGAUGGGCAUUUGCAACCCGGAGAACUGCAUCAUUUCAACGUUCCUCGUGCCGCCUUCUUCCAUUCGUCCGACGGUCAACCUCGGCGAAGCCGGCAAGAACGAAGACGAUCUCACUGUUGCGAUUCGCGACAUAGUGCAGAUUACGCAGCAGAUCCUCACGGCGCAGCAGAACGGCUCUUCUUUCUCGCACAUUCUCGGCCAGAUCGAGCUGCUGCAGGCGCACGUAGUCAAGUACGUCAACUCCGACUUUCCGCAGCUCGCCAACGUGUUCUCGAAGCUCGGCAAGCCUGGCGGCAGCAUCGUGCUCGGCCGCGGCAUUGCGCAGCGGCUCAAGGGCAAGGACGGCCGCUUCCGCGGCAACUUGUCCGGCAAGCGCGUCGACUUUUCGGGCCGCUCAGUUAUAUCGCCUGACCCGAACUGUGCUGUCACGGACCUGUGCGUUCCGCUGUUCUGCGCCACGCGACUCACCUUCCCCGAGCACGUCACGCAGUUUAAUCUCGCGAAGCUGCAGCAGUGCGUGCGCAACGGACCGGGACAGUGGCCCGGCGCGCUCUCCGUUCUGAAAACGAAGACCGGAGUGCGAACCUCUUUGCGCUUUGUGAACCGCAACGCGGCCGCGCAGAACUUGCAGUUCGGCGACGUCGUCGAGCGGCAUCUGUGGAACGACGACUACGUUAUCUUCAACCGACAACCCUCGCUGCACAGGCAGUCGAUCAUGGCUCACCGCGCGAAGGUGAUGCCAGAGCGCACGCUGCGCUUCAAUGAGUGCGUCUGCACGCCGUACAACGCCGACUUCGACGGCGAUGAGAUGAACUGCCACCUCCCGCAGACGCACGAGGCGCGCGCCGAAACAAAGCACUUGAUGCUCGUCUCGCGCAACAUCAGCACGCCGAAGAACGGCGCGCCGCUGAUCGCCUUGACGCAGGACUUCUUGAGCGGUAUUUGGAUGCUCACGCGCCGCGACGUGUUCUUCGUGCACACGCAGUUCAUGCAGCUUGCCGUUGCCUUCAACAACGGCCGCAUCGACAUCGACAUGCCGCGGCCUGCGAUUUUGAAGCCCGCACUGCUCUGGACCGGGAAGCAGCUCUUCAGUCUGCUGCUUCGCCCGAACCGGCGCAGCAACUUGCUGGUCUCGUUCCAGACCAAAGAGAAGAACUUCGAAGGCGCAACUGGUUUGCCAGACUUCAUGUGCGUGAACGACGGCUUCGUCGUCGUCGACCGCUCCGAAGUGCUCUGCGGCAGCCUAGGCAAGACCGUGCUCGGCAGCGGGAGCAAGCGAGGGCUGUUCUUCAACAUUCUGCAAUACAACUCGCCGCGAAAAGCGGUCGUCGUCAUGAACCGCGCGGCGCGUCUCAUCUCGCGCUGGUUCCAGCUGCGCGGCAUGACCAUUGGCAUCGACGACGUCACGCCCUCGCGACCCAUCCUCGAAGACAAGCGCGAAAUGAUUGCGCGCGGCAUGCAGCAGUUGAAGGCGCUCAGCCGACAACACGAGUUGAAGCAGCUAGUGCCCGACUCUGGCUGCACCGCCGAGGAAACGCUCGAGUCGCGCAGCAAGCGCAUUCUAGACGGACUGCGCGAGGAGGGCGGCAAUGUCGCGAUCCGCAACCUCAACUACCACAACAAACCGCUGAUCAUGUUCUUCUCCGGCGCCAAAGGCAGUUUGGUGAAUCUCGCGCAAAUGAUCACCUGCGUCGGCCAGCAGACCGUCAACGGCAAGCGCAUUUGGAACGGCUUUCGCGGGCGCACUCUGCCGCACUUCUCGCUCUCCGCAGCGAACACGCCGCGCGCGCGAGGUUUCGUCGUAAAGCCUUUCUACGAAGGACUCGAAGCUGACGAAUUCUUUUUCCACACCAUGUCUGGCCGCGAAGGACUUGUCGACACGGCUGUCAAGACUGCCGACACGGGCUACAUGCAGCGCCGUCUAAUGAAGGCGCUCGAAGACCUCUGCGUGCGCUACGACUACACGGUCCGCAGCAGCGAGAACCAGGUCAUUCAGUUUUUGUACGGCGACGACGGCGUCAACCCGCUCUACAAGGAAAGCAAGGACUGUUUGCUCGACCUCGAUCACGCGAUGCGCCAGAUCCAGUCUUACCUGCUGUGUGUAAAAUUCACCGCGGCGAUUUGCGAGCCUGGCGAGGCAGUCGGCGCAACCGCUGCGCAGUCGAUCGGCGAGCCGGGCACGCAAAUGACGCUCAAGACGUUUCACUUCGCGGGCGUCUCGAACAUGAACGUGACGCUCGGCGUGCCGCGCAUUCGCGAGAUUAUCAACGCCACUGAACUGAUUAGCAGCCCGAUCAUGACCAUUCCGCUGCGCUACAACAGCGGCAGCUUUCGCUUCGCGCAGUUCGUAAAGGCGAAGCUGCAGCGGACCACGCUGCAGGACAUCUGCGCGGGUAUUCGAUGCGUGAUCAACAAGACGAGCCCGCACGUGCUCGUCGAGCUCGACAAGCGCCGCAUAGCGAAGAACUUUCUGCUGGUGGACGCCGCGAGCGUGCAGGCCGCGCUCGUCGGCAGAAAGCUCUGCAACAAACUGAAGCUGCAGCCGCAGAUGAUCGAGGUCGCGGACAAGUACAACCUGCGGAUCUACCCGCCGAGCAACGCGAAAAGCAACGAGCUCAGUCGGCACCUCGCGUCGAUUGUCGAGUCGGUCGUCAGCGUGCCCGUCUGCGGCCUGCCCUCGAUCAACCGCUGCAUCAUUCAAGAGAGCGGUGGCGCGGCGCCCGGCUACAACGUCGUCGUCGAAGGCACCGGGCUGCGCGACGUGAUGGGCUUCGAGGGCGUCGACGCGUACCACGUCGCGUCCAACAACAUCAUUGAGAUCAAGAAGGUGCUCGGCAUCGAAGCCGCGCGCACCGCGAUCAUCAACGAGGUGCGCAGCUGCAUGGAGGCGUACAGCAUCGACAUCGACGUCCGGCACAUGCAGCUGCUCGCGGACGUGAUGACUACGCGCGGCGACGUGCUCGGCAUCAGCCGGCAGGGCAUUGAAAAAAUGAAGUCUUCGGUGCUGUGUCUCGCGAGUUUCGAGCAAACAAACGAGCACUUGUUCGAGGCAGCGAUCCACAAAAAAACGGAGUCACUGCACGGCGUCUCGGAGUCUAUCAUCAUGGGCAAGCCGGUGUCCAUCGGCAGCGGCAGCUUUCAGGUGCUCUACGAGCCCCGCCAAAAAGAGCACCAGCGCGUGCACGACUCGCUGAACAAGGCGCAGAAAAAACUUUCGCGCGUUCUCUCGCGCUGCCACCGCGCCUCGGCCUCGCGCCGGAGUUUGCGCCGCUGUCCACACCGCCCGCGCCGCCGCCCAACGCCUGAUGAAGUUCGUGCUGAACCUGCCGCCACGCCAACGCAAGGCGCGCUUGAACGUGCUGAAGAGCAUUCUCGGGCGCAGCCGCGGGCGCAGCCACGGGCGCAGCCACGGGCGCAGCCGCAGCCGCAGCCGGCGCUGCCUUCGCCGCCGGCCGAACCGGUUGCGGAACCGGUUGCGGAACCGGUUGCGGAACCGGUUACAGAUUCGGCC